UGUGAUGGGCACGGACAGGGACCACUGACCAGUACCGUGAAAACAUGCCUGCUGUCCCCUUCGACAAAAGGAAACUUUCUGAUGUCCGCCCUCUGCUCCGAUGCGCCUGUUAUCUGAAAUUCUACUUCGACAGGAAAUGAGAAACAAAAAGACGCAGUGACAUGGAGCUAACAAGCUCGAGCUGGGAACCCUUCCUCCUCUACUCAAAAUACACAGCACAAGCCCCACCAGGAUAUGACUCAAUCUUGGAUCUCGCAACAAACUUUGGGGGGUGAGAAUACACAGCGAAUCCUCUAUAAACCCAAGGACGUUACACAGCCACCCACACAUCUAAGGCAAUCAGGUCAUCUGGGGGAUGCACAGCUGCGAAUGACCCGACACCCUCACGUGGCCCCUCACAAAUCCAUGCUUGCAGAUGAUCUGAAGUUGAGCAGUGAUGAAGAGGAUUUCCAAACUGUAAACCAUGAGCCAGCAUGGGAUGGCCACAGCCGGACAGCCCAGAUCUCACAUGGCAGGAGGGUGCGACAUUCCAGCUCCGAAUCCUCUGACUCAAACUCCAGUGUCGGUUCAAGCAGCAGUAGUCUUCACUCCCAGAGCUCCAGUCCAAAGACUCGCCCCGAAACUGUGUCACCUACGACCGCACAAGACCCCUGCAGCAGCAAAGAGAUUGGUCAACCUUCAGCGGCUCAUUGGCAGUUGGAUAAGUGGUGGAGGAAAGCCAGAAAGAAAUCAUCCAGCGGUGAACAGGAUCCUUCUGAGAACAUUCCUGGAUACCCGCCCUCUCCGUACGCCCAAAAAGCCCCAUCACCGGCCAGGUCCUGGGAUAGCAACCAAGAAUACAGCCCGUGCCAAAGUCCUAUUUCUAUCCCCCACUUCAAUUAUAGACUAACCAGAAGUCCGUCUGUGCCAAGCCCUGGGUACCAAAGCCCAGUCCCCAAUAUCAGCCCUGGUUCCAUCCCAAGACCGAGUCCAGUCCCUAGCCCAGUUUUAAGUGUUUGUCCGAGUCCAUGUGGAAGUCCUAGAGCCAGCCAGCUUAGCCCACUGCCAAAAGAUCCUCCACGGAGUCCCAGUCCUACUUUACCCUCUACUCAUCAUCAACAACAUCCUGGCAAUCAUAGCCACCUGCGACCAGCCACUCAGGUGAAAAAAAUCAGAACAUGGAACAACCAUUUGCCUAAUACUGAAAAUACGAAAAGGAAUAAAACUAGUACUGAACAGCUACAUAAAUCUAAACAUAAAUUUAGACACACACAAGAGCAAAAUCACAGUAGAGCAAAGACUGACACGAUUUCAAGCCAUAAUCACAAAGCUCCGUCUAAUUAUUUUUCUAGCUCAAAACAGGCUUCUGACAUUUCCAAAUCUAAGCCAACCACAAUCCAGCAAGCAAAUAGCAAAUCUAGCCACAAGCCUUCAUUUCAACUCAACUCCCAUAUCAACUGUGAGACCAAUAACAAGACUGAUCACAGCUCCCAUCCCCAGCAUACCACCAACAAGAAUUUAAACUCCAAAACCAGGCCAGCAUCUACUGCCACUUUUGUGCAAGAUUUAAAGCGCCCGCUGAGGAAAUCAGAGUCUAAGGAGCAGUACAAUGAACAUGUAGACAUUGAGAAUAGGCAACACGAAAGAAAAAAGCAUAGUAUUGAAGAGAAUCAACAGGGCAAAAGGGAGAAACGAGAAAGCAGGAGGCUGGCGGAGGAGCAGCUUAGACAACCCUGGAUCCAGAGCUCAGAGGAAGACUACGAAGAAGAAGCACUAGCAGAGCGAAGAGGGCCGAGAGAGGAGAGGGAACAUCGCAAAAGGGAGCAGAAACAGAAACACGAAUGGCACACAGCCCAGGUCAAUCCAAAACCACCCACCAGUCAUCACUGUCUUCAGGAACAAAAAGACAAGACCAAGAAGGGACGGACAACUAUCUCUCUGCGUGGUUCCCCAGCACCCCCUAGUCCGUCCCCCUCCUCUACCUGGUCCUCAAGUGCAGACUCUGAAUAUCAGGCUCCCAUUACAAAGGUCCCUGCUGACUCAACAUCCCAAAAACCAGUUCACGGAAGGGCUCGUGAUCCAACUCGGUCCGAUGUCAACAGGUCAAAGUCAGCACCCCUCCGAAUAGGUAUCCCAUGUGAGAAACAGCAGAGUGAGUGCAGACAAAAACUCUAUACUUUGGUCCCAUUUGGACGUGGUGAGAAAAGUGCAGCAUCCUCUCAGCGUGGACUGGGAAAUCUGGUGGUGCAAAUCGAUCUCUGUCUCCUCAAAAGGGUCCCAGACAGCACUACUCUUCCCCCUGCCAAAAAGCCUCCAUCACACGUCUCUUCUGCUACAAAAGACAAACAGCGGGAGGCUAUGAGACACCUGUAUGUCCCUGAUGGCAAGAGAAAACGCAAGAUGGAGAAUGGAGUCUCACACAGAGAAAGUAAGAGGGGUGUAACCUAUGCAAAUGAAUCUUCAGGUCCUGCAGCUGACAAUCACAUUCUCACUGAAACGACACACAGUGGGCCCAUAAAUGAGUAUUUGGACAGUAAAAGGCCAUUGUCCCCACUAUCACCAGUAUCCCCUGACAGUCCGGAGUUUAUUAAGCCCAGCUCCCAAGUCAAGACAUCUGAGAAGAACAGAGACAAGAAACGAGAUGUUGCCAUCAAACCAAAGAUGGAGGUGGAAUCACUGAAAUGUCCUCAAAGCACUAAACCACCUACUGAAUCCUGGGGCCCAUCAGGACAUAGAGGAGCUGUGACUCUUCCUGAAAUUCAACACCAUGCAGAGUACUAUUUACAUGAAGCCAAGAGGAUGAAGCACCGGGCUGACGCAAUGGUCGACAAACUUGGAAAGGCAGUGAAUUAUGUUGAUGCUGCAUUGUCUUUUAUGGAAUGUGGAAAGGCAAUGGAGCAAGGUCCUCUUGAGGCAAAGUCUCCAUAUACAAUGUACGCAGAGACUGUUGAACUUAUAAGAUAUGCAAUGAGACUAAAGAGCCAUUCAGGUCCCGGAGCAAGACAGGAAGACAAACAACUGGCCGUUCUGUGCUUCCGAUGCCUUGCCCUCCUUUACUGGCAGAUGUUUCGCUUAAAAAAGGACCAUGCACUGAAAUAUUCCAAAGUUCUGCUUGAUUAUUUUAAGACCUCUCCUAAAGUGCCUGCUAGCGCCCCUUGUUGGAAUGGCUCUGGAAAGAGCCCUGGAGGACACCCUUUGUCACUCUCUCCUAAUGCUAAAAAUCGCAGCUGGAGUUCACAUGGGGGCAACUCAUCUUCCUUCAUCAACAUUCCCCACAGAAUCCACCAGAUGGCAGCAAACCACUUAAACAUUACCAAUAGUGUAUUGUACAGUUAUGAGUACUGGGAGGUAGCGGACAACCUGGCAAAGGAUAAUAUAGAGUUCUUCAACUACUUGAACACCUUAUCUGGCCCACUGACACUCCACAGCAGCAUUGCCCAUGCUGUGCAGUAUACCAGGCAAGCUUUGCAGUGGAUACGCAUUAGUGCCAAACUGAACUAAAAAUGCCUGGAUUUGCCACAGUUUGUUUGUUUGUUUGUUUGUUGGACCAAAUGUAGAACAUUUGUUUCUAUGACGAUAUAUUUCUAUGUCAAAUAAGGUGCUACUGUGCUGUUUGGAGUCUAUUGCCUGUCAUCCUCAUAGGAUGUUAGUGUGCUUUCAUGCACAUGUCUGACUGAACAACUCAAAGACUGAGUUUAAUUUUAAUUUCUCUUUCUGAGGGAACAUUAUUUUCUGUGUUGAGUUCAUUUGGUUGACAAAAAAAUAAUAAAUUACAUUUUUGAG